AUGGCUUUCAUCUUCAGAACGGCCAUGCAAUCUGCAGGGCUUUCGCUCUCACUGCUAGGAUGGGUCCUGGCCAUUAUUACAACGUAUCUGCCCCACUGGAAGAACCUCAACCUGGACCUGAACGAGAUGGAAAACUGGACCAUGGGGCUCUGGAAAGCCUGCGUCAUCCAGGAGGAAGUGGGGAGGCAAUGCAAGGACUUUGACUCCUUCCUGGCCUUGCCAGCUGAACUCCAGAUCUCCAGGAUCCUGAUGUCUCUGUCGAAUGGGCUGGGGCUGCUGGGGCUGCUGGGCUCUGGCUGUGGCCUGGACUGCUGGAGGCUUGGAGAGAGCCAGAAGGGUCUGAAGAGGCGGCUGCUCAUCUUGGGAGGGCUCCUGCUCUGGACUUCGGGCGUGAUGGUCCUGGUUCCUGUCUCCUGGGUGGCCCACGUGACGGUUCAGGAGUUCUGGGAUGAGACCCUGCCUGAGAUUGUGCCCAGGUGGGAGUUUGGGGAGGCCCUUUUCCUUGGCUGGUUUGCUGGCUUCUGCCUGGUGCUGGGAGGGUGGCUGCUCAACUGUGCAGCCUGCUGGAGCCCGGCUGCCCCCGCCUCUGGCCACUAUGCAGUGGCAGGAUUGCAAGACCACGGUUCGUAUCUGGAAAACGGAACUGCACAGCCUCAAGUGUAAGCCACCAGCGGGGCCUAGUCACGUCCU